GAGAGAGAAAGGGGCGGAGCUAGAGAGAGAGAGAGAGAGAGAGGGGGGCGACAAAGGGGGGGAGACCAAGCUGCAGAGACAGAGAGGGGUAGAGAGAGAGAGAGGGGGGGGGGGGGGGGGGAAUCGCGGUGGGUUUUGGCGGGGCGAGAUUUGAGUUUUUUUCGCGCGGCGGCCAUGGUGUCGGACCAGGAGAUCGCCGCCUGCGUGGAGUCGCUCCUCCGGGGCGCGCUCGAGGCCGGCGGCGGCGGCGCCGGGGAGGCUGCCUCGCUCGCCGCCGUGCUCCAGCAGGCGCAGGCGCGGCUCGGCGUCGACCUCUCCCACAAGGCGCCCUACAUCCGCGACCAGAUGGACCUCUUCUUCGGGCCCCGCCUCCAGCCGCCCCCGCCGCCGCCGCCCAAGGCCCAGAACCAGAACCAGAACCCUCCCCCGCUCCCCGCCUCCGCGCCCGCGCCCGCGCCUGCCAUGACGCAGGCCCCGCCCCAGCCCCAGCUCCUCCCGCUCGAGGUGCAGCAGCAGCAACAGAUGCUGCAGAUGCAGCAGCAGCAGCAGCAGCAGUUCGCGGCGAUUCAGCCGCAGUUCAUCUUCCAGACCAUGCCCCAGCUCCCGCCCGUCGUCUCAGGAGGAGGCGCCGCCGCGGUCUCCGCGCCGCCGCCGGCCGUGCCGGCCAUGGCCUUCUACCCGCCGCCGCCCCUCGCCUUCCGCUACACCAACGCCCUCGGCGGGGUCGCCACUGGUGGGACCGUCUCCUUCCAGCAGCCGGCCCCUGGGGCCGGGGCCAUCACUUCCCCCACAGCUGCGCCACAGGCCGUCGGUGACAACAAGGAGAGUGCCUCUAAGAGAAAGAGAGGUGGGCCUGGUGGCUUAAACAAGGUUUGUGCAAUUUCACCUGAACUUCAGACUGUUGUUGGCGAGACUGCCAUGUCAAGAACUCAGAUUGUGAAGCAGUUAUGGGCAUAUAUCAGGCAGAAUAAUCUUCAGGAUCCUGAUGACAAGAGGAAGAUUAUAUGCAAUGAUGAACUUCGUAUUGUUUUUGGAACCGACUCCACUGACAUGUUUAAGAUGAACAAAUUGUUGGCCAAGCACAUAACUCCUCUUGACCCAAAAGAUCAACCUUCGGAAGCAAAAAAGAUUAAGGCUGCCACUCCAGCUCCUCAACAAAUGCCUACUAUAAAUCAAAAUCAGCCCUAUGUGGUUGUUUCUGAUGCGCUAGCCAAAUUCCUUGGUGUAGAAGGAACGGUGCCUCAUGAUGAUGCCCUCAAGUACCUUUGGGAUUACAUAAAAGCAAAUCAGCUUGAGGAUCCUGCGAGUGCAUCAAUACUAUGUGAUUCCAGUCUGCAAGAGCUGUUCGGCUGCGAGAGCAUUCCAGCUUCAGGAUUAUCAGACUUGCUUGCUCACCAUUUCAUCCAAAGGACAUAGCAUAUCCUCAUUAACUGAUGUAGGAUCGCAGCGGUGCCAGAUAGGCCUAACUUUACAGAAAUGGUGUUCUUACAAAAUGGACAGCGUAGCUUGUGUAUCUCCCCGGCGUUCCGGAUUAUGGACUGCGUCAGACAAAAGUCAGAUUAUUUGUGGUAGCCUGUAACUUGCCAUGUGUGUGUAUUGGCUGCCGCCCAGUAUUUGGUUGGUGUAACUCGCACUGAGUUGUUGUUAGCUUUAGUUUCUGAGUGUCAAAGUGUCUUUACUGACUAUGUAAAGUUAUGCUUUAUAUCUGAGUGCCAGAUUGAAUUGAAUUUUAGUUUUCUGAUGAAA